AUGCGCUCACUAUUGCUGCUCUCGGCGACGGCCCUCGCGGCCUCCGACGCCUCCGCGGAACAAAUGUUGGUGUUGGGCAAGUCAUCGUCUCCAUUAUGGCACGAAACGCGCUCUUCCGGGGCCUUCUCCGCCGCCGGGAUGGCUGAUUUGGCGCUCAACUCCCUUGGACUCAGUACAGGCAGCAUUUCAUCGCGUUCUGCGGUCCAGAGCCCGCUACAGGCCGAUAUCUUCACGCACAGUGAUGCAUACGCGAUGAUUCUAUUGGAGGACGCGUCUCCGGCCACUCUAGAAGCCGUUAACGCGGCUCUAAACGGAGCCAAAGCCUUCCAUGAGCUGUACCCGGCCCAACCCGCUAACGUCAAGGUUCCUGCGGCUGUAGCACAGGAAUUUAGUGCCAAAUACCCAUCAUCCACUCAUUGUGCCGGAAACACCGCACUAUGCGCCAGUAUGAGCGCUGAAAGGCCCCAAGUGGACUCGACAUUGGUGCUACAGGUGCUCAAGGCCAACAGCUUCUUGAGUGCCAGUGACGAGCAGGACGUGGCCUUCGCCCAGCAACUAGCACAGGUGAUGCAGCUCACAACGGAGCUGAAGGACUCGCAGAGCAAGAAACUGUUCCUCGUGGGGCUCUCGGGGCUUCAGGGAGACAAGCAGCAGGCUGCUCAACAGGCCAUGGCGGCCACAGUGACUGAGUUCUUGGCCCAACUCAUGAAGACCGAGCGUACAGUCGCCGCUCAGAUAAUGACGGGCACAUUGCCCACUAUCACUGACGAGACGUCUGCGCUCUCACGUCGUAAUCGGAAGCUGGUGACGAAGCUUUCGAACGAAGAAGAAGACGACGACGACGAUGAUGAAGAAGAAGAGGGUGAGGAAAGUGAAGAAGACGAUGAAGAAGAGGUGGAGGAUCUGGCUGCGGCCAGUGGAAGUGUCUGGGAAGACAAGGACAACUCGACGUCCACAGGUAACUCCACUGCGCCUGGCGCCGUGUCGAUGCCCGACAUUGCUGAGUACCAGAUCAUCCUGUGGACGUCGGUGCUGCUUGGCGCUGUGCUGCUCAUGGCGAUAUUGGCGAUGGCCAAUAUGCACACGGGUCGUGACAGUCUGCUGUAUGCCAAGUUCAUUGCCGACGUGAAUGGCCGAAAGACCAACUAA